UUUCACAAAGGAAACAUGUCGCCUCCUGCAGCAUCAGUGAGUUCAGUUCAGGGUGUGAGAGAGUUUAUCUACCAGCGACUAACUGCUGCCGCAGGAGAAAUAUUCGCCGUGUUUCAACAAAGUAUCGUCCAAUACGAGGAGGAGAUUCGUCGACAGCGAAAACUGCUGGAAAUCAACUGGAAUCCUCAAGUCAAGUUACACAGAGCAGAGCUCCCACAGCACAGUGACCGUAGAGGAGAGAAGCUCUGCACACAUGAAACGAACCACUGUCAAGACCAGGAGGAACCUGAACCUCCACAGAUCAAAGAGGAAGAAGAAGAACCUGGAAUUAUACUGUUGAAAGAGGAAGAGGAGGAACCUGAACCUCCACAGAUCAAAGAGGAACCAGAAGAACCAGAACUUCUCGAGUUUAAAGAGGAACAAGAACCUGUAGAGAUUGAGGAGCACCAGGAACACGGUACCAGCCUGGAGGAAGAGCAGCUCAUACUGAAGUUUGAAAGUGAAAAAUUGAACGUUUCUUCUGUCGAGGAGCAAAGUGACUUGAAUGAACCAGAAGAAGUUCCAGACACUGAGCAGAUCCUCCAUCAAGACUCUGAAGUCCACUAUGUAGAAAAUCAUAUUGACUCAGAAUCACCUAUAAAAGCCGAGGUGAAAAAAAGCAGCAUGUGUCAUGGUGAUCGUGAGCAGAGCUUCCCUGUGUCAGAGAAGCAGGAUGGAUGUGAAAAGAUUCUUUGUACAAAAACGCGCGGUAAAGCUGUACGACAGAAACGUCAAUUAUGUCUCACUGAUCAGGACUUAAUGUGUGACACUUGUGGCAGAAGAUUCAGCCGAAGGAGGGAUGUGUUGCGCCACAAGAGAACUCACACAGGUGAGAAGCCGUAUUCUUGUGAAACAUGUGGGAGAAGUUUCAAUGAUCAGAGUAAUUUGUUGCGCCACAUGAGAACCCACACAGGUGAGGACCUGUAUUUUUGUGAAACGUGCGGGAAAGGUUUCACAGUACAGUGUCAUUUGUUGGUGCAUGUGAGAUCUCACACAGGGGAGAAGCCGUAUUCUUGUGAAAUCUGCUUGAAAAGUUUUAAAGAAAAGCGUUAUUUGUUGGUCCACAAGAGAACGCACACAGGUGAGAAGCCGUAUUUCUGUGAAACAUGUGGGAAAAGUUUCAGGGUAAGGAGCCAUUUCAUAGUCCACAAGAGAACUCACACAGGUGAGAAGCCGUAUCCUUGUCAAAUAUGUGGUAAAAGUUUCAGUCAGCGGGCUCAUUUGUUGGUCCACCAGAGAAUUCACACAGGUGAGAAGCCGUAUUCCUGUAAAGCGUGUGGGAAAAGUUUUAGUGACCCCAGCACGUUGUCACAACACAAGAAAACUCACACAGGUGUGAAGCCGCAUCCCUGUGAAGUGUGUGGAAGAAGUUUCGGUCAUCGCAUUUCAUUGCAGCACCACAUGAAAAAACACAAAGAUGAAGUCAUGAGAGACUCUAUGGGAGAUCUCAUUCAGGAAGUCCAGCUUCAGUGAAAAAUCCCAGUGUAGUAUCCGGUUUAAAGGAAGCGUUCCUGAUUUGAACACGAGUCUGUGCCUGAUUGAAACAAUUUUCUGGUUUGUCACAAAAAAUGAGAAGAGUAUCAUGAAUUUCGUUUCCUCUUGUGUUGAACUCCACAGAGGCUGACAAACUGUCUGCUGGUUUCACAAUGGAAUUAUGAUAAACAUUAUUUUUUUCUUUCUAACAUGACUGCUUUUUAUGUUUUGAAAAAUCUGAUGAAAGUGUUGAAUGAGCAGAUGCAAACUUUAGAUAGAUGGAAAUUAAAUGUCGCUACAAAUCCAAUUUGUUUUGACGUUCAUUGUUUUUAUUCAAUGUGAAUUGGUCAAAGUUUAAAUUUUUUCUGUUGAUGCUACGUAGGAAAAUGCUUAUGGCUUGUAUGCAAAACAUGCCUGCUGAAAUAAGUUGCCUGAAAACUUUCAUGGAAUGUAACUUACUCAAACCAAUGUGGUGAAAUAGGACAUUGAAAUAGAUGCAUGCAAUAGUAAUUCCUUAUCUCACACAAUUUAUUGAAGUGAAAACCAACAGCAGGAUACAACAAUAGAUGCCAGUGUCUCUGAUAUGGAGUAUUUUGACUUCACUGUCAUAUUUAAAUUGAAGUUCACUGCUCUGACAUUGAAAGAGGUUAUGAGGAGUAAUAACUGAUUGCAAGACGUCCCCAAACACCAGGUGCUGUAGAAAGAAAACAGCCAUUCAUUCUGGUUUUUGUUGCUUUGAUAUCAACUGAAGAGGACCCAGAAC